AUGGGCUCAGAAAAGACUUUUGAGCCAGGUGCGACUAACGAUACCAGGAUUGUCCCGUUAUCCAGUCCAACCUCCGGUUCAGUCGACGCAAGCAAAAUAAUUUCACCAGUGAAUGACAGUAAUGAUGACGGUUGUGAGGGGAAUCCGGCUAUAAUCAAUGACGCUCCCACUAUGCAAGAAGACAUGAAUAUUGUGAUCAGCGCUGCUGCCUCAAUACCUGACGGAGACUUCAUUGCCUGGCUCCAAUGCGCUGGAUCGUUUGUUUUAUUUUUCAACUCCUGGGGACUGAACAGGGCUGAUGCGUUUAUUAUCAACAAUUUAGGAGUUUACCAAAAUUUUUACGAGCAUUCCUUCCUUCACAAAAAAUCCUCAUCGGACAUCUCCUGGAUUGGAUCAAUCCAAGCAUUCUUGCUCAUAUUUUGCGGUGUUGCAGCUGGUCCACUCUAUGAUCAUGGAUAUCUUCGUGCGCUUAUUAUGACCGGGAGUUUUCUGGUUGUUGUUGGCAUGGUUUUGACAAGCAUAAGUUCGAAUUACUGGCAAGUCGUUCUAACUCAAGGCAUCAUGGUUGGAUUGGGCAAUGGCUGUCUCUUUGUACCCAGUAUUGCCAUCUUACCAUCGUACUUCUCGUCGAAAAGAGCCUUGGCCAUGGGGAUUGCAGCCGCAGGGAGCAGUAUUGGGUGGGCAACCAGAGUGAUUGCUCUUAUCAUGCUCGUAACUUUGAUCAUACCUGUAGCGGGUAUGCGGAUGCGCUUGAAACCCUCUAGUGCACGACGAAUCUUUGAAAUGGAAGCGUGGAAGGAGCCGCCAUUUUCAUUAUUUGGAUUAGGCACUUUCCUCGGCUUCAUGGGUUUAUAUGUGCCUUUCUUCUACAUUCAAAUAUAUGCCCUUGAAAAGCGAAUUGUCACCGAAGACUUAGCGUUUUACCUUCUGCCGCUACUGAACGCUGGGUCGUUUUUCGGCAGGAUUAUCCCGAAUUACGUUGCCGAUAAAAUCGGCCCCUUCAAUACUCUCAUCCCGUGCUCCCUCCUCGCUGCGGUCCUCACAUUUGCCUGGAUCACAAUUGAGCACUCGGCUGCCGGUCUUUAUAUUUUCUGUAUCCUCUAUGGAUUAUUCUCUGGAACAUUUGUCUCGCUAUCCCCCACUGUUACUGUAACGCUGUGUCCGCAUAUGGGUCUUGUGGGUGUGCGAAUGGGCAUGCUGUUUGUGCCCACGGCGGUUGGACUUCUUAUUGGAAAUCCAAUCGCUGGGGCCGUAUUGAGCAGUGGAUGGGUGGGCUUGCAGUUAUUUUGUGGUGCUUCGGUGUUGAUUGCUACGGUGUGCAUUACUAUUGCGAGGGUGGCGAAAGAUGGCAGCUCUAUAAAAGUUCGUUCGUAA